CAACCCUCAACAAUGAGAUCACUGAGUCUCUUCUUCCCGUUCCUCCUGGUCUCGCUUUCCUGGGGGCUUUGCCCCCAACCUGCUGACCUCAAAGACACAUAUGGCAACAAGAUUUGUGCCCGCCUGUUUGAGGAUAGCAGUGUCUACUAUGAUGAGUGCUGCGGAGGAUCCUACUUGGACGUUGUCCCUGGUGCUGAUGUUCCCUACAUUCCCCUUGGGUGGAAUAACCGUAUCUCCUCACUGGUGAUUGCCCCUCGAUGUGAGUUGACAGUCUGGUCCAGGAAACCAAAAGAAGGAUCCACCAAAAAAUUUACCAGUGGAGUCCAGGCACGCCUAUCAGAGGUCAAGAAAGGUCUCUUUGGCGAUUGGAAUGACUCUAUCUCAUCCUAUUACUGCAAGUGUAAUGCUUAGAGAGCACAAGACAGAUGGACGGCUAUGUGGAGGGUUCGCAGUCACUGAAAUUACAAGUUAAUGACAAGAAGAGAUGAAAAUAACCACCUGUCAGAAUUAAUAGCAAAAAUAGAAACAACUGCAAAAAUGCAAUAAAAAUCAGUUUCAGAA